CCGUAACAUCUUUGCCUUCGCACCACAAACAACAGUCACAUUGUCUCUUGUUGCUUAUCGGGUUCGAGGAACAGUAAGGGCUGUACCACCGGCGGCAUGGACUGUACCAAAGCUUCUUCCCAGCCGUGGGGCGUCACCGCUACCAAUGACAUCUUCCCUGCCAACGAAGCUCUCAGUUGGUCUUUCAGGAUCUCCAAGUUGCAAUCCGAGAAGGAAGUCCUAGAAGACGGUCUUGCCAAUUGUGUUACAUAUCUACAAGUUCUGCGCAAGAAGCAAGCUCGAACUGAACGACGAUUGGUCACAGACUCCUCAUUAUCCCGGAAGAAGAGAAAGAAAACCCAACAGGGCAAGCGUGAAUUGGAGAAAGAGAUCAAGCACAGAGAACGAGACGAGCAGGCUUUCCUCAACAAUCUCCAGGCUUGUAAAGCAAAUAUUUACAUGGCCGAGACUAUCUCAAUGCCGUCUACAGCCAUCUCAUCAACGAUGCCGGACAUUGCUUCCAUUUCGAUGCAAUGCUCGUAUCCAGUAGAUGUGCAAACUGAGCCUACCGAGAUGAGCUGGAACGGCUGGACAGAUGACACGGUACUCUCGCCCUUCGAAAAGGAGAGCAACAGCCCUCUCUUCGCAGACGAUGUCGCUCCGGACGAACGUUUGGAGAUUGGUAAUGUUGGCAAUGUUGGUGUGACGAUGCUUGAGAACUUCAGGGAGUCUUUUCCUGUUCCGCCCUUGGAGAAUAUCAAGGCUAGACAGCAGGUGUUGGCUAACACACAAACGCACGCCUUGUUGAGCGCCGAGGCUGCAAUCUUUCAACCUCAGCAUAUAUACAUGAGUCAGCGGGUUGCUGUCGAUCAACAAUUAGCCCAACUCCAUCUCUCUUCUUCGAUGGCGAUCACGACUUUGAAGAUAAAGGCGCUGGAGCUUCUGGAAAGACGCAUUGUUAGUGACGCGGGCAUUGGUCCAGUGCGACGACAGAGUUCACUUGCGGAUAUUGAUGAGGAGCCUGAAAUCCAGACUGGGGCCAACUGGACAACACAGCAAAAGCCGAGCAAGUUCACUAUAGGCAAAAAUCUUAGGAUUAGGACAAGCUCUCUAUGAUGAGAGAACACGGUGGCAUGUCAGGCAGACGUCUCAUAAUACCCCACGGCACUUAGUCGUAUUGGUAGAGUCCCACCCUCAUUGGCGCGUUGUGUACACUCGAUCCGCAUUUUUCCAUGUCGUUCGAUCGCUCUCGAUCACACCUGUUUGAGUUUCAGCCUGGCGGCAGGCAGCGUGGGCGAAGGAAUGGGCGGGCAAACAUGGUGCAAGGAAGACGCAGUGUUUAGUCGUUGGGGCGCAGGAUGCAAGGAAGCUGCGUCCUGUUGCAACGUAGUGUUGAAAAU